GGUCCGGGCGCCCUCUGGGGCCAGCGCGCCGCGGAUCCUCAGUCGGCCCGCGGUGCACGAGUCGCCAGCAUGACUGACGCGCUGCUGCCCGCCGUCCCCCAGCCGCUGGAGAAGGAAGGCGACGGCUACUUUCGGAAGGGUUGCAAUCCCCUUGCACAAACUGGCCGGAGCAAACUGCAGAAUCAAAGGGCAGCCUUGAACCAGCAGAUCCUGAAAGCCGUGCGGAUGAGAACAGGAGCAGAAAACCUUCUGAAAGCAGCCACGAACUCCAAGGUACGGGAGCAAGUGCGCCUGGAACUCAGCUUCGUGAACUCAGACCUGCAGAUGCUCAAGGAAGAGCUGGAGGGGCUCAACAUCUCAGUGGGAGUCUAUCAGAGCACAGAGGAGGCAUUCACGAUUCCCCUGAUCCCGCUUGGCCUGAAGGAGACCAAGGACAUUGACUUUUCAGUUGUUCUCAAGGAUUUUAUCCUGGAACAUUACAGUGAAGAUAGCUACCUAUAUGAGGAUGAAAUAGCAGAUCUUAUGGAUCUGAGACAGGCUUGUCGGACGCCCAGCAGGGAUGAGGCAGGUGUUGAACUACUGAUGAGUUACUUCAUCCAGCUGGGUUUUGUGGAGAGUCGCUUCUUCCCGCCCACCCGGCAGAUGGGGAUCUUGUUCACAUGGUAUGACUCCCUCACCGGGGUUCCGGUCAGCCAACAGAACUUGCUACUGGAGAAGGCCAGCAUUCUGUUCAACAUUGGAGCCCUCUACACACAGAUCGGGACCCGGAGCAAUCGGCAGACACAGGCUGGGCUGGAGAGUGCGGUGGACGCCUUUCAGAGAGCCGCAGGAGUUUUAAACUACCUGAAAGAGACAUUCACUCACACCCCGAGUUACGACAUGAGUCCCGCCAUGCUCACUGUGCUGGUCAAAAUGAUGCUCGCACAAGCCCAAGAAAGUGUCUUUGAGAAAAUCUGCCUUCCUGGGAUCCGGAACGAGUUCUUUAUGCUGGUGAAGGUGGCUCAGGAGGCUGCCAAGGUGGGAGAGGUCUAUCGGCAGCUGCACGCAGCCAUGAGCCAGGCCCCGGUGAAAGAGAACAUCCCCUACUCCUGGGCCAGCCUGGCUUGCGUGAAGGCCCACCACUAUGGAGCCCUGGCCCACUACUUCGCAGCCACCCUCCUCAUCGACCACCAGUUGAGCCCUGGUGCGGAUGAGGACCACCAGGAGAAGUGCCUGUCCGAGCUCUACGACCACAUGCCUGAGGGACUGACGCCCUUGGCCACGCUGAAAAACAGUCACCAGCGCCAACAGCUGGGCAAGUCGCACCUGCGCAGAGCCGUCACGCAGCACGAGGAGUCCGUGAGGGAGGCGAGCCUGUGCAGGAAGCUGCGCAGCAUCGACGUGCUGCAGGAGGUGCUGUCGGCGGCGCACCAGCGGGCCCGGCUCAAGUACGCCCAGCACCAAGAGGACGACGAUCUGCUGAACCUGGUCGACGCCCCCGACAUUCUCUCUAAAACUGAGCAAGAGGUUCAGAUUAUACUGCCACAGUUCUCCAAGGUGGCAGCAAGCGACUUCUUCCAGAAGCUGGGCCCUUUAUCUGUGUUUUCGGCUAACAAGAGAUGGACACCUCCUCGAAGCAUUCACUUCACUGCAGAAAAAGGGGACUUGGGGUUCACCUUGAGAGGAAACUCCCCAGUUCAAGUCCACUGCCUGGAUCCACACUGCUCUGCUGCGCUGGCAGGAGCCAAGGAGGGGGAUUAUAUUGUUUCCAUUCACAACGUGGAUUGUAAGUGGCUGACGGUGAGCGAGGUUAUGAAGCUGCUGAAGAACGAGGACGCCCUUGAGAUGAAGCUUGUGAGCCUGCUGGACCCCGCCUCGUCCAUGCAUAAUAAGAGUGCCACAUACUCUGUGGGGAUGCAGAAAACCUACUCCAUGAUCUGCUUAGCCAUAGAUGAUGACGAUAAAACUGGUAAAACCAAGAAAAUCUCAAAAAAGCUUUCUUUUUUGAGUUGGGGCACCAACAAGAACAGACAGAAGUCGGCCAGCACCUUGUGCCUCCCGUCGGUUGGGGUUGCGAGGCCUCAAGCCAAGAAGAAGCUCCCCUCUCCUUUCAGCCUUCUCAACUCCGACAGUUCUUUGUACUAAUGUGAGGAAACAAAACGUUCAGGCCCGAAACACUUUCGGUGCUGACGAGGCCUUCAUACUUGUGCCAUAAUGGAAAAUUUCUAAACAUUCUCAAAUCCUGUUUUCUCACAGCAUCAACUUACAAUUAAUAUGUCUUUAUGAAGGAAAGUAACAAGAAACCUCUAGAAUUGUGGAAAACAAACUUAUUCGGGGAGUCUCACCGUAUUGCUGCAAUUUAUUUAUUAUAUAGAGUAUU